UCACGGGACGUAACACGUGUUAGGUUUAGUAUCCUGUAUGGGUGUACAUUUUAUUUUACAAAAACAGAGUCCAAGUUAUUUUAACUCUCCAGAUAACGCUUCGUCAUUAAAAAUUGUAACGACGCAUCGAACGCAAAGCGCAGAUACGACUGCCUUGAGACAUUGACUCAGAAACGACGUAAUCCCGAUUUAAAAAAAAUCCUAUUUUUAAAAUCACCCUUUAGAAAAUUUAAAUUGUUUUGAGGCUGCAAAGUUGCAUAAGGGCUCUAUGUGCUCCAAAUUGGCAAUCUUUAGCGAUAUCCUAGUUGUGAGAAACUUCGUCUCUAAUUACUCGGAAAAGAGUAAAUUUCAAAAUUGCAAAAAUAGGCGAGGGUGUGAAGAACAGCAUGCGCAACGAGAUCACAGCCGCAGUUCUGUUUUUAGUGCAGCUGAUAGAAAAAAGCGAAAAAUGUAGUCCCGAUCAGUUGGAAUGCUUCAGGCGACACCUGGUUGAAUUAUUGACGGCACGCUUUAAAAAUCACUGGUUUCCGGACAAGCCCUUCAAAGGCCAAGGAUAUCGCUGUAUACGUGUAAAUGGUAACAAUCGUCGAGAUGAAAGUUUAGUGAGUGCCGCGACUGCUGCCGGGGUCAAGUACGAGGAUCUCACUUUACCGAUGGAGCUGACACUUUGGGUUGAUCCCAAGGAAGUCUGCUGUCGUUUUGGCGAGAGAAAGGGCUCCUUCUGCACGCUCGCUUCCUUCGACGAGAAAGAAAACACCAUUCCGAUUCUCAAAAAGAGUAUUAAAAUCGAGGUGAAGGAGGUCAAAGAGAGCGAGUCCCCUCCCAGCGUUGUUCAGAAGCGCCCAGCGACUCCAACUUUAGAACAGCAACCGAAAUCCAAGCCCCUAAGUACAACAAACCAAAAUCAACAGCACUCGAAUGGCGGCGGCACAGGUAGGAAACGCAAUGUAAACAGCCCAAGGCUACACUUAAAUAGAAAUCGUUCAUGGUUUAAUCACGCCUUCAAUAUGGGCUAUGGUCCUCAUCCAAUGAGUCAACCAUGGUACAAUAUUAUGCCUCCACAUUUUCUGGGCGGCCCAUCGCCACCGCCGUUUAUGGGCCACCGGGGAAAUAAGUGGGUUCCCCCCUCCUAUCCCACAGGACCUGCCCGAUUCCAUCAUUGGUCGCCGAAAGCCACCCUCAAAGUCUAAAUCAAAUCUACUCCUCUAUCAUCGACCCUUUACCGAAAUCUGUUCCUAAUCAAAAUCAAACUUUGCUCCUUUGGCAAAACUCAACAUUCUAGCUGAAAAUUAAAAAUAUUUCCUCUCUUUCUCUCAAAUGUUAAUUCAAUUGCUACAUCACUGUCGUCAAAGGAGCGAAGAAACGUUGUAUUUGACGAAUCCGAUUCAAUCCACUAGAUUCUCUAGAAUGAUUCUUCUAUUUAGCAAGUCGACCGACUUUAAAAUUUUUUUUUUUAAAUGAGCAACAAACUCUCAAAGAGUGAAAUGAAACUAUUUUUUCUGCCAAGGACCUGUACAACGCGAAACUGAAAAUUAGGUCCAGAUUUCUCUACUUUUAUAUAAUAAAGCAGUAACGAUUAAUGAUCAAUUAACUGCGGAAGCAGCCAUAUUCGAAUGUAACUAAAUCCUAAUAAUGAAUUACUAUGUAUUAUUGUAUGUUACAUAUAAAUAGUGUUGCAUGAAAUACAAAUUUAUUCAACUCCGAAUGCAAAGUUGCUUAUCAGCAAUGCAUUAGUGAUGUAGAGUUUAUUAUUGUUAUAUAUAUUUAUAUAUAUAUAUAUAUAAAUCUACUCGAAGAGAAUUGAAAACGUUUUAUUUACAGUGUUGAGUCGAUUCCAAAGCGAUGCAACAACUUAUUCAAAUUUGUAGAUUGUAUAGCUCUAUCAAUUGUUAAACUUUGAUUGAAAUUUAAUUCUAUUAAAAGAAAAUUUUAAACUAAUUAAUGAAUAAAUUAAAAUCUGUUGAUUUGGACGGCUAAAAAAGAUGCGUGUUUAAAUUCUUGUUAGCUUUUUUAUUCCUAUUUUACGUUCAAUGUCUUUCAUGCCCACUUUGAAGCUUUUAGGAGUUUAUGAGCUCUCUUAUUUCUGCGCUGCUCGAUGCAUUAUUCAUUUUUAAUAUUUAACCAAAAGGCUUGUGUUUGGCAAAAGGACUCUCGUGAUAACAAAACAAAAAAAAUGGAAAAUUUGCAUUUUCAUUUUUCUUUCUAGAGCCUCUUGCGCCGGUCGUUAGAUUAGAUUAUGCAAAGAUGAUGCAGACUCGUAACAGCUUUGUAUCAAGUUCGUAAUCGACUGAUUAAUCUUAGUGAUUUCCGUGAUCCUUUCUCAGAAUUUCUUCGUUUUUUUUGUUGUUUUUUUUCUAUGUGUUCUAUUCGUUUCUAUUUAGAAUGUAAUUCAAAGUGCAACGCAAGCUUUAAACAGUAGAAAUUGCUUUUUCUGACUUUAAUAUUGUUCCGCGUUAGCAUUGACAGAAGGUUGAUUGUUGUGACUCAGCCCAAGAUUCACUCUCACGCUUGAGCUGAAGAAUUGAAGGAUCAAAAUAUUUGUAUAUAACACUCUUCUAUAUUGUAAAUAUUCACAAAAAUGCAAAUGAUUGUAUUGACGAAGCGAAUUUAACGUUUAUUGUAUCAGUCGAUAAGUUUCACCGGUCUGUCUUAUCCGCUAAAUAUUUAACGUUAGACUAUUGAACGAUUUAACCGGACGUAAUGUUGGGUGUAAAUGAGCCAAGAUGACUCUCUGCAAUUGGGAAACAAUUUUAAAAGUUGCAUUUUUAAAGUAAUUUUCGAGGUGAUUUUAAAUAAAAAGAUAGUGAAAAAUUGCAGGGAAAUUUAUUGAGGUUCUUGAGAAUAUCACAGCCUACGUAAAUUGUAUAAUAACUAUAUUAUUAAGUGUUCAUUAUAUAAACGUGAUGUCGAGAGAAAGUCUGUUGCUUCAACAGGAUACUCGAAUAGCUGUUACACUUUUACUCGUAUCUUUACAUUGUACGGGCUUUAUUUACAUACAUAUAUUUACUCGAAUCAUGUUUUAAUUGCGUUUUAGGGAGAGUAUCCAAUAUUUUUUUUUCGACAAGUUUACCAAGAUCUGUGUGCAAGUAAUUUGAAACGUUGUUCGACCACUUUUAAGGGAUCCCAUACUUUUAAAAUGAACUUUCAAUAUUCUUUACUUUUAUUUGCUGUCUUUUAUUAUUAUUUUUAUUAUUUGAAAAGUAUGAUACAUUCGAGAAUAGAGUUUCAGACUUGACGAAGAAUCUAACGAUAUUAAUAGGUGAAUGUUGGACCAAAAAUAUCGACUUGUGCAGUCCCUUUUUAAAAAGUUGGUCGAAAAUUCGCCAGGCCAAUAUUUAUUUCUGCGUUUUAAGCGAGUGGAGAAAAGUACUUACAAAUAUAAUAAUAAAUCGAAACUUGACGGAUUGCUCAAUAAUAGCUGAUUGGUACGUUAUUGAUUACUGUACUCGUAGCACUACAGACGUUCAUUCAGUAUUGAUUGUAACUUUUAACUCGAAUAUAUAAUCAACAAUCAGAUUUUUACCGUACUUUAAUGUUUGUCUGAUGAGAGACGCUAUUGCGAAAGAAAUUUUUUUUUUAAUUUAGAAAUGUCUGCAUUGUAAGAAAAAAAACUAUGGUAUUCUUUUCAUACAUGUAUUGUCCGAUGCAUUAGUUGUAUUUUUUCCAUACCCGGCUUGCAUUUUUUUUAAAUCGUAAAAUAUUUUAUUGAAAGAAUCUAUAUAAGUACUCUUAUUCUACAACUUCAAAAAUUUUUAUAAGUGUGUACUGGAACUAUUAUGAAUUAGACGCUUUUCUAGAAUUUUCCCUCUCCUGUUGCUUUUUUCUUCUUUUUAUGAAAAAUGUCUAAAUGUAUAAUUGCACUGAAUCUUAUUAAAAUCGCAAUAUUUAACUGUUUCACUGCUACAACUCCAAAAUGUUUCACAAGUGUGUACUGGAACUAUUAUGAAUUUGUCUAUAAUUUUGCCUCUCCCCUUGCUUUCUUCUUCUUUUUAUGAAAAUUGUCUUAAGAGCACUGAUUCUUAUUCAACUCGCAAUAUUUAACUGCUUCACUGCUGCAACUCCAAAAUAUUUCACAAGUGUGUGCUGGAACAUUGAUGAAUUCGUCUAGAUUUUUCCCUCUCCCAUUGCUUCCUUCUUCUUUUUAUGAAAAAUGUUUUAACAUCACUGAAUCUUAUUAAACUCGCAAUUUUUAACUGUUUUACUGCUACAACUCCAAAAUAUUUCACAAGCCGCUAGACGCCAUGAUUACACUAUACUCUGCUCCUUCUCCCCUAUUCACCAUGGUUACGGCACAUGCGCGCUUCACCCGGCUGCGCAUUAUGCAACCGCAUAUCAAAGUUCCAUACAUGACAAAUGAGCAACGGAAAAUGUCCGUACAUGUAUGGGAUAUUCAAAAGUAUGGGAAAAAUGCCAUACUUUCGUAUGGGAAAAUUACGAUUGUUUUUUACAGUGUGGUUUAUACACAAGUCUCGAGUCUGUUUGUGAAAUCAAGUCCAAGUGUGUUCAAAAAUAUCAGGAUGCAUGAGAUCCCUAGUCUAGUACCUUGUACAACUUGUAAAUCACAUUAGGAUUUUAAUUUAAAAGUUACGUAUACUUUUGUAUCCCGUCGGUUUGCAGCAAAUCCUCUGAAAUACUUGAUUGAAUUGUAAAUUGAAGAGUGAAAAAUCGGGAUGCUAAUUGUAAAUUUCAGAGGAUAGUGAAAACUUUGAGGUUUUUUUUGUGUGAAAAUUUUGCCUAUAAAUGGCGAAGCGACAAGUAAAUGCUGUACGGCGAUCGUCAAAAUAAAUUGCUGCAUGCAAUGACGUAAAGCAAGGUUGCAUUCGGACCUGAUCUUUUAUUUAUAUAAAUAUAUACACAUAUACAUGAUAAUUAUAUUGUAUAGUUGAGGGCAGUUUCAUCGACAAACUCCUGCUUAGUUUUUGAGUCAUUGUCUCUUCGAGAUUUAGGCGGAUUAAUGCAUUUUUAAAAGAGAACUGAGCCUAUUUAAUACCGACAAUUUAUAUUACGUGAUAAUAUAAAAUGUUCUUUGCUAGCCUGUACAAUAUGUAAAAUAUAAAUUUUGAAUUUUGCCAAUUUCAAAAUCAAUAAGCUGGCAUCGAAUAGAGUUGAUUUGUAAAAUUUGGACUGUGAACUGCUGUAUUCUUUCUAAUUAUUAUUAUUUUUUUCAAUGGUGUAUAACUGAAAUAUGAAUCUACGAGCUUUUACCAAUCAAUUGUUGAUUUAAUAUUUAUAGUCUACUAGCUCACGAUUGCGAAAAAGUCUAACGUUAAGUUUCUUGUUCCUUUUCUUUCUCUUUAUUGAUUAAAAAACUAUAUAACAAAUAUUGUAAACUGGUGUUCAAUGGCAAUUUAGGGUUUCAUCGUAUUACCUACCACUCUAUACUUUCUUUUUUGUUACCAUAUUAAAAAUAUAUUAUGUAAUUUUAUGUUUAUGUUUAUGUAUAGUCAAAAGCAAGGGUAGUGCAAAUAGAGAUUUUAUUAUAAUAAUUAUUAUUAUUUAUCGUUUAAUCAAACGCAAGUGGAUUAUUAGAUUUUGAUUGUGGGAUUGUGAACUGUUGCGGAAUAGUGAAACGAAAAUCAGUUUAUUGUAUGCCUACUAAAUGUAUAUGUAUAUCGUUGUACUAAUUGUGCGAAAAGAACAUUUUCACAGAUUAUAUGCAUAAUAGCACUCGAGAUUCAUUUCUUUCUACGAAAACUGUUCAUCAUUUCUCGCUCUUCUUUCUUUGAUUCUUUAGUCUUGUCAAUUCUGUACAAUUUUUCAAGAUAAAAUUUAAACUACACUGUAGCUAAGCAUACAAUUUCACAGAUACUAUACAAAUACAUUGUUAUUAUUGUUGCAUUAAUGCUAAUAACAUUUUACAACUACUUAUGUCACUAUACACACAGGUAUAAUCGAAUUAUCGAAUCAAUAAAUUGUUUUGCAAAUU